AUGAAACUCGUAUCUUUGGUUUUAAAGAGAGCUGUUCCGUAAGAAUUGUUUGCUUUUUGAAGCAAGAACCAAUUCCUAUUUUUGAAGACUCUGCACCAAUUGGAACCAACUCUUAAGAACUUUUCUUGGUGAUUCUAGUUGAUUUUGAUUAGAUUGCAACUGCAGUUGUUAGUUUAUGAUUUAAUGUGGCAUUGUAACCAUGAAGAAUAAAUACACUCCUGUUUCAGACUCUGAAGAGUCCUUGAAAACGCUCACUGAUGAAAAGUCAGACACUCGUUCUUCAGAGGGUACUCCCCCUCCGUAUUCAGCUUCAAACAAAUUUAUCAAUUUAGAAAUGGCUGACGGAUCCGCUCAAAAUUCCGCAGAAUUAUCCGAAAAUAAUAUUAGGUCUGACCCUUCGCCAAAUAAACAGUGGUGGAAAACACCUGUCAUAGGAACAGUGACCAUUAUAACUAUUAUAUAUAAUAUUGUUUUUCUAGUCAUAAUUUUUGGUUACAACGUUUCUCCGUAUUCGAACACUUUUUAUGGUCUUGCUGGCAGCUCUAUUGGAUCUAUUUGUACUUCUCUCCUUGCAAUUCUUUAUAUCUGUCCGGAAUGGUACAGGCAAGCUGGAAGAGCAACAAAGAAGUGCAUUAAGAAAUCUGGAAGAGCAAUAAAGAAAUUCACACCAGCUGUAUGUAAAGCCCUAAUUAUACUGAUAAGUUUGAAUGGAGUCGGGGGUGGUGCUUUGAAAUUAUCAGGAGGCUUCGAAUAUAUACAUUCAACAGCUGUGUUAGUUGUUCUGGCCGUAUUGAACAUAUGCUUGUUUGUUCUUCUCGUUCGAAACCCAGACUUUGUUGAAGAUCUUCACGAUAUGACUCGUCUAAACAACAGAAUUAGAAGGAAUGGUUCACCUCGUAACGAAGAAACCGAACUUCAACCUCUUGCUGAGCAAAGCUCUGAAGUUUGAAUGUGAGUGUGAGUGUGAGUAUGAGUGUGAGUGUGAGUGUGAGUGUGAGUAUGAGUGUGAGUG